UCGAUGCUUCCAUGUUCUCCAGUUUCUCUCUUCUCUAGGGAAUGAGAGAUGAUACCUAUGCUAUACGUGCUCGCAAAAAGGCUUAUUUUCUUAAUUGGAGGGAGUCUAGGGACUUGUAUGAUCAUUGAGCUCAUUCUUCAUUAGAUAUGAGCUUCAGGAGUCGUAAUCCUCUAUUGCUGUGGCAAUUUAUCUCCUGUAAGAUUAAAGUUACUUAUAUUGCAUGUGACAAGUUCUAACUGCCUUGAGUAUAGAAGAAAGGAGGAUGGAACUUACCCAGGCUCUUGCCUCUGAGAAGAAACCGAAACAUUUCCCUUUAACGCCCUUCAGAAUCAUCAGGGGUGUGAUAUGUUUAGCGACUCUUCUUUCAAGUGCAUUCAUUUGCUUAAUUUAUUUCUCACCAGUAGCAGCUCUACUCUUGCGCUUCUUCAGCACGCACUAUAGUAGGAAAGUAGUAGCAUUCCUCUUUGGUCUUUGGCUUGGAUUGUGGCCAUUCUUAUUCGAAAAGAUUAACGAAACCAAAGUGGUAUUUUCUGGACAACAUGUUCCACCAGGAGAACGUGUUCUGCUGAUAGCCAACCACAGAACAGAAGUUGAUUGGAUGUUCUUGUGGGAUCUUGCAUUGCGAAAGGGAUGCUUGGGCCACAUCAAAUACCUACUUAAGAAAAGUUUGAUGAGAUUGCUUGUCUUUGGAUGGGGAUUUCAUGUGCUGGAGUUCAUCCCACUGGAAAGAAAAUUGGAAGUUGAUGAACCAGUUAUUAGACGGAUGGUUUCGACUUUUACCAAUCCUCAGGAUCCACUUUGGCUGACCCUUUUCCCUGAAGGAACUGAUUUCACUGAGCAAAAGUGCAAAAGUAGCCAAGAGUUUGCUACCAAGACUGGAUUGCCUGUCCUAAAGAAUGUACUGCUUCCUAAGACAAAAGGUUUUUAUGCUUGCUUGGAAAUAUUAAGGAGCUCAUUGGAUGCAGUUUAUGAUGUGACAAUCGCGUACAAGAAUAAUCAGUGUCCUACUUUACUGGACAAUGUUUUCGGUGUGGAUCCAUCUGAAGUACACAUUCAUAUAAGACGUAUUCCCAUUGAGGAGAUUCCAGCAUCUGAAAGGGAGGCGUCUGCCUGGUUGAUGGACACAUUUCAGUUGAAGGAUCAGUUACUCUCUAAUUUUAUCGCAAAUGGCCAUUUCCCUAAUGAAGGAACGGAAAAAGAACUCUCUACCGCAAAAUGCUUGGUCAAUUUUACACUAGUAACUGCUGUCACUGGAAUAUUUGCAUUCUUUACAUUUUAUUCAUUCAUCUGGUUCAAAAUAUAUGUAGGUUUAUCUUGUGUAUACCUUUCUUAUGCUACUUACUUCAAUUUCAGACCACAACCAAUUCUUGGUUGUACUAUUGAAAUGCCUUGGUGCAGAAAAAAAUUCAUACAAUGAAAAAUCAGCAGAAAGGUGAUGAUGAUUUUAAAUUGCUCUUAUUGCAUUUUUUAAAUUGUUAACAAUGUUGUUUCUUCUAGAGUUCUAGUUAAGUAUUA